UUGAAACUGGUGUGUGCAUGCAUUAUUGAAGUUUCAUUACUGUUACUGAUUUGUUCGAGUGAAUUGUUUUUUAUUAGGUAUAUUAUAAUUAGUUUGAAACUAAGUAUUCACCGUGAAGAUCCCCGUGAAGGUCACAACCAGUAUCGGUUCCUUUUAAUAAAUUUUGUUAAUGGAGUUCGUAUAACACACUACAAAUUCUGCUCUGAAAGAAGAUGAGUACCAAUUUUAUAUUCCUGCUCCUGCUGAAUGCCGUAGGCUUGAUAAGCCCGGCCAAAAUCUUGAUGGUUUUUCCGACGCCUGCACCCAGCCAUUACUUCCUGGGAAAAUCCCUAGCCAAGGGCCUAGUCAAUGCGGGACAUCAAGUUACCAUGGUAAAUGCCAUCGAAGAAAAAAACGAAAGUUACCAAACUAUUCGUCUGAACGGAAUAGAAUUAGCUUUAAUGAAGGCGAAUUUAUCAACUUGGCAGGAAUUGGGGGAACAAGGAUUCCUUUCAGUUGAACUCGAAUUGAACACCAUCGGACGCAUACUGGUCGAUUACACAGUCACCCAUCCGAAUUUCCAGAAAUUGCUGCGCUCCAACGAGAAGUUCGACGUGGUAAUAUUGGAGCAAUUCCUAAACGAGGGUUUAGUGGUUCUGGGCCGCCAUUUUGGGGCUCCGGUGAUCUCCUUUUCCACGUUGGGAGCUACAAUUUGGACCAACGAUCUUGUGGGAAAUCCUUGUCCAUUUUCUUACGUGCCAGAGUCGUUGAGUGGUUAUACAGAUCGCAUGAAUUUAUGGGAAAGAACCGGGAACACCAUAGUGUCUUUAAUCAGGCUUCUCGUUAGGCAUAUUAAAGUUAUCCCGACGCAAAAGGAGCUGGUUAAAGAGCAUUUUCCCCAAUACUAUUCGCAGUACGAGGAAAGCUUGUACAACGUGUCUUUGGUGCUGGUGAAUUCCCACGAAAGCGUCAAUUAUCCGAUGCCCAUGGUGCCCAAUAUGGUGCAAAUAGGGGGGUUCCAUGUCAAGCCUGCGCAGAAGCUGCCCGGCGAUCUGCAAAAGUUUAUGGAUGAGGCCAAAGAGGGUGUUGUGUACUUCAGUUUGGGCACGAACAUGGCGCCUUCGGCCAUCAGCCCGGAGAUCAAGGGGGCUAUUAUGGGGGCCCUCGGGAGAUUGAAGCAGAAGGUGAUGAUGAAAUGGGACGAGGAUUCCGUUAAAGGGAAGCCAGAUAACGUGAUGAUAAGGAAGUUCUUUCCGCAGCAGGAUGUUUUAGCUCAUCCUAACAUAAAAUUAUUCGUCACUCACGGGGGUUUACUGAGCGCCUUCGAAACCGUUUACAACAGUGUUCCAGUUUUGGCUUUGCCCAUUUUCGCAGAUCAACGAUUAAAUGCAGCCAAAAUUCAAAACGACGGUUACGGGUUGUUCAUAUCCUUCACGGAUAUCACCGAGCAAAACUUCUACGAAGCUAUGAGAAAGCUGCUCGACGAUAGAAAAUACAGAGAUAACGUGAACAUAAGGUCUACUUUAAUGCGUGAUGUGCCAAUUAAACCCCUGGAUUUGGCCGUUUAUUGGGUGGAAUAUGUUAUAAAACACAAAGGGGCGCCCCAUUUGCGAAUCGCCGGGCUAGAUUUGGCUUGGUAUCAGUAUUAUUUACUCGAUGUAAUAUUUCUUAUUACGUUCGUCUUCUCCCUUGUAUUAUUAUUUAUUUACUACGCACUGAAAUUUCUGUUGAAAUUUUUUGUUAAAAAUAAUAAACACAAAACCGCCUAAUCUACUGAAUUUUACGACAAAUUUCAUAUUUCAUCAAAUAUCGAAUGUAAAUGUAAAAAUUACUUGAUAUUUUUUAUUCAAAUAUACAUUUUUUC